CGCCCCAGGGCUAGCGGGCGCCGAGCGGGAGCCGCGCGGGAGCAGCGCAGCUACGGCGGCGGUGGCGGCGGCAGUGGCAGCAGUGGCUGCUAUUCCGAGUGGUUGAGACGCCUCUGCGGCAGCUGGUGGCGCAGGUGGCCUGCGUGGACGCGGGCAAAGGCGGCUGGCCCGCCACUGCAGCCCUAGCGCCCGCGGCCCCGGCAGGCGCGUCGGGACACCCCGAGGCAUCCUCCGGUUCCUGCCGCCCCCAGAGCCUCGGCUCCGGUUCGCCUUCCUUCAUCCCCCCGCUGCCGUCCAGACCCCCGCACCUCCUCCCUGCGCUUGGUACCCCCGGCAUCGCCCCUAGCGAAACAUGACUCGCGAUUUCAAACCUGGAGACCUCAUCUUCGCCAAGAUGAAAGGUUAUCCUCAUUGGCCAGCUCGAGUAGAUGAAGUUCCUGAUGGAGCUGUAAAACCACCCACAAACAAACUACCCAUUUUCUUUUUUGGAACUCACGAGACUGCUUUUUUAGGCCCAAAGGAUAUAUUUCCUUACUCAGAAAAUAAGGAAAAGUACGGAAAACCAAAUAAACGAAAAGGCUUUAAUGAAGGUUUAUGGGAGAUAGAUAACAAUCCGAAAGUGAAAUUUUCAAGUCAACAGGCAUCAGCUAAACAAUCAAAUGCGUCAUCUGAUGUUGAAGUUGAAGACAAAGAAACUAGCAUUUCAAAGGAAGAUACUGACCAUGAAGAAAAAGCCAGCAAUGAGGAUGUGACUAAAGCAAUUGACAUGACCACUCCAAAAGCUGCCAGAAGAGGGAGAAAGAGAAAGGCAGAAAAGCAAGUAGAAACCGAGGAGGCAGGAGUAGUGACAACAGCAGCAGCAUCUGUUAAUGUAAAAGUGAGUCCUAAAAGAGGACGACCUGCAGCUUCAGAAGUCAAGAUUCCAAAACCAAGAGGCAGACCCAAAAUGGUAAAACAGACCUGUCCUUCAGAGAGUGACAUGGUAACUGAAGAAGACAAAAGUAAGAAAAAGGGUCAAGAGGAAAAACAACCUAAAAAGCAGCUUAAAAAGGAGGAAGAAGGCCAGAAGGAAGAAGAUAAGCCACGAAAAGAGCCAGACAAAAAGGAAGGGAAGAAAGAAAUUGAAUCAAAAAGCAAAAAUUUAGCUAAAACGGGGGUUACAUCAACCUCUGAUUCUGAAGAUGAAGAUGAUCAAGAAGGCGAAAAGAAGAGAAAAGGUGGAAGAAACUUUCAGGCUGCUCACAGAAGGAAUAUGCUGAAAGGCCAACAUGAGAAAGAAGCAGCAGACAGAAAACGCAAACAAGAGGAACAGAUGGAAACUGAGCAGCAGAAUAAAGAUGAAGGAAAGAAGCCGGAAGUUAAGAAAGUGGAGAAGAAGAGAGAAACAUCAAUGGAUUCUCGACUUCAAAGGAUACAUGCUGAAAUAAAAAACUCACUCAAAAUUGAUAAUCUUGAUGUGAACAGAUGUAUUGAGGCCUUGGAUGAACUUGCUUCACUUCAGGUCACAAUGCAACAAGCUCAGAAACACACAGAGAUGAUUACAACCCUGAAAAAGAUACGGCGAUUCAAAGUGAGUCAGGUUAUCAUGGACAAGUCAACAAUGUUGUAUAACAAGUUUAAGAACAUGUUUCUGGUUGGUGAAGGUGAUUCUGUAAUCACACAAGUGCUGAAUAAAUCUCUUGCUGAACAAAGACAGCAUGAAGAAGCAAAUAAAACCAAAGAUCAAGGAAAGAAAGGGCCAAGCAAAAAGCUAGAAAAGGAACAAACAGGUUCAAAGACUCUAAAUGGAGGAUCUGAUGCUCAAGACAGUAAUCAACCACAGCAUAAUGGAGACAGCAGUGAAGACAGCAAAGACGAGAUCAGCAGUAAGAAAAAGUGAGGACAUGUUUUAAUGGGUCGUGAUGUUUUUAAUUGGCCAUCCAGUGAAGAGAGAGAGACUGAAAUAUCUCUGAAGGAGUCUACACUAGAUAACUAGGUUGACAUCCCUGGAAUAUAAAGAACAUUUGAGAAGUUUGUAAUGGUUUUCAUUUAAAUUUUUAUAAACUAUAAACUUGUUUUGAGGGAGAAAAUUUUUAUCUUUGUUUAAAAUUAAUUAAACAUAGCUUAAUUGUACUUGUGCAGUAUUAACAGCUACAUUAUACAGUAAAUGUGAGGGAAAAAACCCAUUGAAGAAAUGUUGAGCUGCUUUUCCAGACAUUGGUUGUAGCAUAUUUUCAGUUAGUGUGUGUGUGUGUUAAUGUGUAAUUGAUAGUAGGAAAAAGUUACAUUUUUAAAACUGGUACUUGUAUAAAACUUACCUGUUUUCCCAAAUACUGUGGGUUUUGUGCAUAGUUUUUACAAAUCUUGGAUUUACCAGACUGUCUUUUCACUGUUUGUGGGUUUUGUAGAAGGUAUGCAUUUUUAUGGUAGAUAAAAUGUUACUUCUAUCCCACUCCCUCCUUCUAUCUAAAGUUAACCACAUUAUCUUGCUGCUUUGUACAACGUGUAGUCUGUAUGCCUUUUUGUAUGACAACUAGAUGUCCAACUGACAAUUCUGCAAGGUACAAAACUCAUGUUAACUUUUGAAGGUAAUUGAAUUUUGUGGCUGGGAAUUCAGUGAAGUCACAUGACUUUCCUGCAGAGAACAGAAUGGGUGUAUAUAGGAGUGAUCUGUCUUUAGGGUUCAGCCAUCUGAGAUCCUUUACAGGCACUAGAAGCUGGAACUGAAAACUAAAACUAAAUGAGAAAAGUUUAUUUUUGAGACAUUUCUGAAUUUUUUAAGAAGUCACACUCAUUAAGAAAGUCACUAAGUAUUUUUUUAAUUGGAAAACAAUCUGUGAUGCUUAUGCAGUAAAUAAAAGUAAAUACUAUAUGAGGAAACUAACAUUUGAAAACAUGGCUAUAUCAGAAGGAAGUUUUUAUUUCUGUAUGAUACAUGUGACAAGAUUGCAAAAGGUGGAAACAGUGCUCUGAGGCAGUAGACAAAGUAAAGGAGUACUUUUUGAUGGUCUGUAUAGUCAUGUAUAUGGACUAAAUUAGGGUGAAUCAAGGUUAACAGAAAAUUUUAAGAGCACCUUAACAGAAUUUUUAAGAUUUUUGAUUAGGUCAGUUGGUUUUUAGUAGCUAAAAGUCACUUCUCGUCUUUUGAAACUAUUAAUAUGGGAAAAAGGCUUUUAAUAUGUCAGUGUUUGCAUGUGACAUGCAUUGUAUGUUGUGACCUCAGAUACUUAAUUUUCAUCUAGAUGAAAACUUUGAAUUAUUUCAAUAAUUGGAUUUGAAUUAUGGAUUUGAUUUAUUUCAAUAAUUGGAGCUUUGCUUUUGUGAGGUCUUAUCAUGGAACCUAGGACCCACUGUUUUGAGAGAACUCUUACUACUAUCAUUAGAAUUAAAAUUUGGACAGAUUUAUUCUAGUUAAGCCAUAAGUGUCAACAUGUAAACUUUGUUUUGAUUAAAGAAUUUUUCUAUCAAA